UUGUUCGGAACUUUGUUGGAGGGCAGUUCGUCGUCGGUCGUCGUCCGUUGCUGCAACCUGCUGCUGUCGUUGCUGUCAUUGCUGUCGUUUCCGUCGUCGUAGUCUUUAGCGUCGGAUCUAAAAACCGUCUGCACCGAGCCGAACUGAGAAGUGUUCCGAUCCGAUUCGUCGCGCUGCCGUCGAUUGUGAUUUGAUUUGAGUUGAUUUGCUUUGCUUUGCUUUGGAUUUGAGUUUGAGUUUGAAUUCGAAAUGGGGCCGUCGCUGUAAUCGGGAAUACUGAGUGUUAAAUCAAAAGCCAGUGCUGAAUGAAUGCACAGCCCGAAAUGAUACACAAGCUUCCUCCCCCCAUUCAUGACCAGUGUGAAAAGUAAUCAAAGAUAUAUAUAGAGAGAGAUCAAGAUAAAGAGAGUGCAAAAUAGAGUUAAAGUGCUAAAGAAAAGCGGAUUGCUACCUCGCAGCUGGAAAAGGAUUUACGCGCUCAAAAGUUUAAGAAACCCACAGAGAAACCACACCGAACUGAACAGCAAUUAAAACUUUUUUUACGUGUAAUUAAAUUAAUCAAUCAAUCACAACACACACCCAUUAUCGAGUGUCUAAGAUUUCGAUUGAAGCCUUGAUCGUUCUCAGAUUGUAUCGAAUUUCCUUACCGCGGGUCCAGCCACCAGAAAAGCCUUCAAAAUUCUUGAUAAAGUGGCCUCAAUAGGCGCCAACACGCUCAAUUUUACGGACCUAGGGAGCCCCUACGAGGGGCCUCCCAGCACCCCCCAGUCGGGCAUGGACGCCCCCGAUGCCCCCCACACGCCCAAAUACAUGGACGGUGGCAAUACCGCGGCCAGCGUCACGCCCGGCGUCAACAUACCCGGAAAGUCAGCCUUCGUCGAGCUCCAGCAACACGCCGCCGCCGGGUACGGCGGCAUACGGAGCACCUACCAACACUUCGGUCCACAAGGAGGCCAGGACUCAGGAUUCCCGAGUCCGCGCAGCGCCCUCGGCUACCCGUUCCCGCCCAUGCAUCAGAACUCCUACUCUGGCUAUCACCUGGGCAGCUAUGCCCCGCCCUGCUCCAGUCCGCCCAAGGAUGACUUUUCCAUCUCGGACAAGUGCGAGGAGUCCGGCCUCCGGGUCAACGGCAAGGGGAAGAAGAUGCGCAAGCCCCGCACCAUCUACAGCUCGCUGCAGCUGCAGCAGCUCAACCGACGGUUCCAGCGCACCCAAUACCUGGCCCUGCCCGAGCGGGCCGAGCUGGCGGCGAGUCUGGGCCUCACGCAAACGCAGGUGAAAAUCUGGUUCCAGAACCGCCGUUCCAAGUACAAAAAGAUGAUGAAAGCGGCCCAGGGUCCGGGCACCAACAGUGGCAUGCCUCUGGGCGGAGGUGGACCCAAUCCUGGUCAGCAUAGUCCCAAUCAAAUGCACAGUGGCGGUAAUAACGGCGGCGGCUCGAACAGCGGCUCCCCCUCACAUUAUCUACCUCCCGGACACAGUCCAACGCCAUCGAGUACGCCCGUGUCCGAGCUAUCACCUGAAUUCCCCCCAACGGGUCUCAGUCCGCCAACGCAAGCACCGUGGGACCAGAAACCGCACUGGAUCGACCACAAGCCGCCACCGCAAAUGACGCCGCAGCCACCUCAUCCAGCGGCGGCAGCGCCACAUCCGCAGUCGCACCACCACAACCCGCCACCCCAAAUGGGUGGCUACGUGCCCCAGUAUUGGUAUCAGCCUGAGACGAAUCCAUCAUUACUAACCGUUUGGCCGGCGGUCUAACAGCAUCCGAGCACGCUGCCCUCGGCUGCCUGGAUGCAGCAUCAUCACCACCACCAGCACCAGCACCAGCAGCAGCAGCAGCAGCAGUCGCAUCUCCACCAAUCCUGCCCAGACCUGGAUAUGCAGCAGCACCAGCUGCAACUAGGGCUCAAGCAGCAUCGGCAGGACUAUGCCAGCGGGCCGCUGGGUGGUGGCGUGGGCGGGGCAGUGCAUCACACAAUAUCUUAGCCAAUAAAAAAACCAUGAUAGCAACCUGUAAAAUAUCCCUGAAACUAUUGACAAAACCCAACAAACGAAGAGAAGAAAACUUAAGAGCUAAAGCAAGAAUUUUGUACAUUUUAAAAAUACUAUAAAUAUGUUUACCAACGUGAGUAAAGUCGUUCUAAAAUUUAGUCUAGCUACUAUCUAAAACACACACACACAAAAUCUAUAAAAAAAGAAACACAACUUAAAAAACAUUCCUCAAGAGAAACACAAACAAAAACACAGAAGCAAGUAUGAAACGUGUCCUUUAAUUUUUUUUUUUAUUUAGCAAAUUAACUUAUGUAUAAACCUAUCUAUAUAUGAAACAAACAACAAAACAUAAACUACAUAUAUAUAGUGAGCAAAAGCAACAAAAUACAAAAGCAUAAAAAAGUAAAUCGUAAAUAAAAAUCAAAUGAAAUGAAAAAAUCAGCUGUUGAUCUUAAGAGUUUCUUUCGAAAUAUUUUGUUCUUGUGUAGAAAAUUCGAAAUAACGAGCAACAAAAAUCAGUAAAAUCAGAUCUCAAAUGCAAGAAGAAUUCCCCUCGAUUCUCUUAAUAAUUUUUGUUCGUAGUUUCGCAACCUUGUUUCUUUGACCCCACACUGCACUUGAAAGAGGACCCAUACCCAUCCUUAGAGAAAAGAGUCGAUUUCGUUCACUUAAUGUGCAAUAAUAAUAUUACUUACCAAGCCUUGCCCCCUUUUCUUUUUUUUUCUGGUAGUCUCGCACCCAAAAACUUCUUGAAUUGUAUUUAUUGUAUUGUACAUUUUUGCAUAGACCCCAAUUGAAUCGCCAAUCUAAUCUUUUGGCAGAUGAAAGAUCUGCCAUCUCUCCAUCUGAAUCGGAAUGAAAAUGGGAAUAUGAAUGCUCUUUCUUAAAUGCGAUUCGAUUCGAUUUUGAGCUUGCUGUAGCUGUAAUUAUGGAUUAGUUUUAGUUUUAGUUGUAGUUUAUGAACGGUAAUUAGUGCGUGUGUUUAGCUCUAGUUUAUUUAAUUUAUACCAACAGCAAAAACCAGAAUUAAUUCAUAAAUAAUUGAUAGUUUAACAUUUAAAGUGCGUGCGUGUGUGUAGAAGCAUGUGUAAGAUAAUGUAUGUGUGUAUGUGUGUAUGUGUGCAUGUGUUUUUUUUUUUUUAAUUCCAUAUUUGGUUUGCCAGGUGCUGCAUGUGUGCAUGUGAGUGUGUGUGAUUGAAUUGUAAACUAUUAAAUGAUAAAGAAACAAUAAUUAAACAGUGAAAUAAAACAAAACUACGUUUCAGAAAAUACAAAAAAACCCAAAUUCAUAGAAAAACUGAAUGGAACAAAAAUAUAAAAAUCAUGUGCUAGCAUUUAAUUAAUUAGUUUUAAUCUAGAAAAUGGCAAAAAAUAAUGGUAAAGCCUAGCGAUUCGUUUGCCCCUCCCGACCUCUAUCCCCACUCCUUCCCUCUUAGUUUUAAGUAAUUAAAGUAAUUCUAAAAUCCAAUCAAACAAAUGAAAAUAAAUCCAAUAAAAAAAUAAAGAAAAUUUGAAUAA